UAAUGCCCCGCGCCCGGCCGCCGCGGUUACCUGGCAACGCGCGGUUCCCCUGCAUCUGGGCACGCAGGUUUCGGCGAGGUGAUGGGGUCGCGGGGCCUCCCGCCGCUCUUGCUCGUGCUCCUGGACUGCUGGGCCUCUGGGAGCGCCCAGGCCGGGGCCACCUCCGCGGUGACGACGGAGGGCUUCAACUCUGCGGAGCCAGCCGCGACGACUCUCCGGCCCGCCUUGUCGCCUGGGCCUCCCGAGACCCCCAGAGCCCCUCGGCCCUCCUCUGGCCCCAGGCCCACCCCGGUCACGGACGUGGCUGCUCUGUGUGUCUGUGACUUGUCUCCAGCACGGUGUGACGUCAACUGCUGCUGUGAUCCCGAUUGUAGCUCCAUGGAUUUCAGUGUCUUUUCUGCGUGCUCAGUUCCCGUUGUCACGGGUGACAGGCAGUUUUGUAGUCAAAAAGCAGCCCUCUAUUCAUUGAAUUUUACAGCAGACCCACCUCAAAGGGUAUUUAAACUUGUCGACCAGAUCAAUCCAUCUAUUUUCUGCAUUCAUAUUACAAACCAUAAGCCUGCAUUAUCCUUUAUUAAUCCAGAAGUGCCUGAUGAAAACAAUUUUGAUAAAUUGAUGAAAACAUCUGACGGUUUUUCAUCGACUGCAGAAUCAGAUAUUUCUUUGACAACCAAAUUGGAUGCUCCAAGUGCUGCUAAAUAUGAGUAUGGGGCUCAUCUGCAGACUUCAGAUUCAUUUUUGAGAUUUCCUUCUCCCCUCACGUCAUCUCUAUGCACCGAUGAUAACCCUGCAGCAUUUCUGGUUAACCAAGCUGUUAAGUGCACCAGAAGGAUAAAUUUGGAACAGUGUGAAGAAAUUGAGGCCCUGAGCAUGGCUUAUUACAGCAGCCCCAAAAUUUUGAGGGUGCCGAAUUCAAAGACAGAGGUCCCCAUCACUGUUCAGUCUGUCGUCAUUCAGUCUCUAAAUAAGACGCUCACCCGACGGGAAGACACUGCCGUGUUGAAGCAGGCUCUUGCCGAGGUUGGGGAUAUAAGGAUCUGCUCUAACGUGGUUCUUGAGGUCCAGUACAGCCUCACAUAUACAGACGCAGGUGAUGUAACCAAGGCUGCUGUCUCUCUCCUCCUGGGGACAGUCAGCAGUGCAGUGGUUCCAUUCCAGCAAAAGUUUGAAAUUCGUUUUAUUCAGGCUGACUGGAGCUGUCACAUGUCAGCUUGUGGUGCAGAAGGUGAAGAGCCUGCUGAAGGGCCAGGGCUUCCCAGAUUAUGUGGCCCCUUUUGGAAAUUCCCAGGCCCAGGAUGUGCUGGACUGGGUGCCUGUCCACUUUGUCACCCAGGCAUCCCACGUGAAGGAUGUUCUCAAGGAGUUUCCAGCCUGCACACUUCUUCAGAGGCAGUUCCAAGCCAGGGAACUCCACCAGUGCCUUUUUGGCAGGAUGCCUGCCAGCUCCCGGUGGCUUUGGCUGUGGAGGUGGAGUGGACUAAGUACGGCUCCUUGCUGAACCCACAGGCUAGAAUCGUGAACGUGACCGCUCGUCUGAUUGCAUCCGCGUUUCCUGAGACCAGCUCAGGAAGUGAGAGGACGGUUCUCAUUUCCACUGCGGUGACUUUUGUGGACGUGUCUGCACCUGCAGAGGCAGGCUUCAGGGCCCAGCCAACCAUCAAUGCCAAGCUGCCCUUCAAUUUCUUCUUCCCGUUUGUUUGACGUAAGUCGUUAAUUAAGGAAACCGCACCACACUGCUGGACUAGAGUGCGUGUGGGGCCCUGGCUCUCUCAGAGGCACCCCUUUUUAUUGUAUUUCCAACCCUCGAGGUCGCCCCCAAACCAACACACCUCCUGUCUCCACCCACUUCCCUCCUUUUUUUCCUUUUGGAAAUCUUGGUCUACUUGGUUUGACUUCAGAGUGGGGCACCACCUGGUCGUGGUCAUUUCCCGUCCUCUCAACACAUAGAUCAUGUUUGGAGGCAAGUUGUGCCUUUGGGAAGUCAGUAAAGCAGACAGCCCUUGAUGCAGCUCGGGCGCAGAGGGUUAUCCAGUUUAUUCACCCCCUGCUUUAAGGUGUUAUUGUAAAAAUAUUCACUGUUUUUAGUUCAGGUUUUCUUUUCAGGUCCCGUUGAAUACAAAAAUAGCAAAAUAUUGUUAAAAUUUUGCGAGUACCAGGCCUCACGAGGGGCUCUUCCCCCAAAUGUCAC